AGAAGAGCGUGAACAUGACCGAGUGCGUGCCCGUGCCCAGCUCCGAGCACGUCGCCGAGAUCGUGGGCCGGCAAGGCUGCAAAAUCAAAGCCCUGCGUGCCAAGACCAACACGUACAUCAAGACACCAGUGAGGGGCGAGGAGCCCGUGUUCAUCGUCACUGGCAGGAAGGAGGACGUGGAGAUGGCCAAGCGGGAGAUUCUCUCGGCCGCCGAGCACUUCUCCAUGAUCCGGGCCACGCGCAACAAAGUCAACGGGCUGACGGGGGCCAUGCAGGGACCCCCCAACCUGCCAGGCCAGACCACCAUCCAGGUGAGGGUCCCCUACCGCGUGGUGGGGCUGGUGGUGGGACCCAAGGGAGCCACCAUCAAGCGCAUCCAGCAGCAGACGCACACGUACAUCGUGACGCCCAGCCGGGACAAGGAGCCGGUGUUCGAGGUGACGGGCAUGCCCGAGAACGUGGACCGGGCGCGGGAGGAGAUCGAGGCGCACAUCACCAUGCGGACAGGCUCCUUCAUCGACGUCAACGCCGACAACGACUUCCACUCCAACGGCACCGACGUCUGCCUCGACCUGCAGGGCAGCGCGGCCGCCCCGUGGGCCAAGGCCCCCCACCCUGCCCAGCGCCCCUCGGCCGCGCUGCGCAACGACAGCCUGAGCUCCCUGGGCAGCGGCUCCACCGAGUCCUUCUACAGCGGGCGCGUGGCGGCCGCCAGCCCCACCAGCCCCUACAGCACCUUCAGCGAGCCCCCGGCCCCGCUGGGCUCCGACGAGUGCGACUUCGGCUUCGACUUCUUGGCCCUCGACCUCACCACGCCCACCACCACCAUCUGGUCACCCUUCGAGCGCUCGGGCAACCCCCUGCAAGCCUUCAGCAGCUGCUCCUCCAUCAACAGCUCGCAGAGACGCAACAGCGGCCCGGCCACGCCGCGCCACUCGCCCACCCUGCCCGAGAGCGGGGCGGCGGGGCUGGAGCACCCCUCGGCUCGGCGCAUCCCCAGUGACCCCACCGGUGCCCUGGCCUGGCUGCCUGCCCAGGGCUCGCUCUCCUCCUUCUCCAACAGCACCGGCUACUCCUCCUCCUCCUCGCUGCCCGGCAGCAUCUCGGCCGCCUCGGGCUCGCCCACCGACUCCAGCAGCUCGGACGGGCACCGCAAGAGCUCCCGGGAGUGCAUGGUGUGCCUGGAGAGCGAGGUGAUGGCCGCGCUGGUGCCCUGCGGCCACAACCUGUUCUGCAUGGAGUGUGCCCUGCGCAUCUGCGGCCGGGCACAGCCGCAGUGCCCCGCGUGCCACGUGCCCGCCACCCAAGCCAUCCACAUCUUCUCCUAGCCCGGGGGCUGGCCCGGCAGCCUCCCCCCUCCACCCCAACACCACGGCGUUUUAAGGACUUUCUACUGUUUAAAUCGAGCUUUUUAUUUAAUAACAGAUGCGAUGGGCGCACGGGGCGGGGAGGGGGGAGAGGCGGUGGCAGGAGCUGGA